AUGGAGGGCAGUCCGAAGCAGCUUGGCCCUGGGAGGGGGCCCGGAGAGUCGGGGGACAGCCAGGCCUUGGCCAAGCUGCAGGAAUUGGCCCUGACCUGGUUCAUGGAGACACAGGCGCCCCUCAUUCUGCAGGACGGAGCCCUGCCCCCCUGGUUCCACGGAUUCCUUACCCGCAAGCAGACAGAGCAGCUGCUCGGAGACAAAGCUCUCGGCUCCUUCCUCAUCCGCCUCAGUGACCGGGCCACCAGCUACAUCUUGUCCUACAGGGGCAGUGACCGCUGUCGGCAUUUCGUCAUCAACCAGCUCCAGGACCGGCGCUACCUCGUCUCGGGGGACACCUGCAGCCACAACACCCUGGCUGAGCUGGUGCACCACUACCAGGAGGUGCACUUUGAGCCCUUUGGGGAGACCCUGUCUGCUGCCUGCCCCAGGCCAGAGGACAACGAUCCCUAUGAUGCCAUCACCCUGGGUCUCCACCACACCAGCCUGGGCCUGGAAAAGCCACCUGCCGCAGCAGCCCCCACAGUGGGCGCAGACGCCACCCGCCCCCAGCCCCCAGCCCCCUUCGUCCACACCAGGAAGAGCCUGGAGGCCACUCCCUGUAGCUUCUCCGAGGAGGGAUGUGUGGAGCUCUGCGCCAGGGUGCCUCCCCUCCCCGAGAGGAGUGCCUCCCUUCUGGAAGAGUCUUUUGGGAGCCCUGGCAGCACCAUCUACUCAGAGCUGAGGAAGAUGAACCAGGCACGGCUGGGCCUGGGCGCAGAGGGGUCCAGCAAGCCUGGGACGGUUCCAGCUGGCAGCCGGGCUUGCUCCCCAGGCGAGGAGCCCCUGAGGAGACACUCAGUGGGAAGCCAGAACAGGCCUAAUGGCCCAGAGCCUGCCCUCACUGGGGUUGGCACAGACCAUGGUCGACCGGUGCCUCCUGCAUCCCGGGCCCACCUCCUGGCCCCGGGAUGCUCGGCUGCCUCCUGGAGCCAGGCGUCCCCAAAGCUGAGCCACAGAGCACAGCCCUGUUCCCCAGGCACUUGUACAGAAACAUACAAGCUCCUGCAGACAGCAGACCCACCAGAGCCCAGGGAGGCGCCAGAACAGGAAGGCAGUGCCUACGCUCAGGUCCCAGCCUACUGGGGCAGCCCAGUCAGGCCUCCGUGUUCCAGGCCCAGCCCCCCAUCCAGCUGGCGGCCAGGAUCCUCAGACUAUGGCUAUGCCAGGUUCUCGGGGGCCCCGGAGCUCCCCGAGCCCAGGAACACCUACGAACAAAUUCCAGCAACCAGGAGCACCGGACAGGCACACAAGCCUGACAAGCUCCGGAGGAUCUUCUUCACGGACAAGAAGCAUAAAUCCUGAGCACCUGGCUUCCUGGGGCCCAGCUAUGCCAGGAGUGACUGGGAAGCCCUGAGGCUCUGGAAAGCACCCCUGCUUCCCUAGCGUCCCUCACUCUCCCAGGGGAAGGGUGUCCUGGUCUGAGAGGUGGAGAACUGAUCAUAGGCAGGGUCGGCAUCCCCACCCCCCAGGUGGUCCAGGGCAGGCCCUCUUCAGUGGGCCAGCAGAGCCAGUACCCCCCUCCUGGUGACCCUCCCAGCUGUAAGGGGCACAGGGCCCAGAGCCACAGGCCCGGGAAUAGUAGAGGAGCCCCUGCCUGAGGCAACAGUUGUAGCCUGCAGGUGCUGGGCUCUCAGGAGCAGCCCCUUGGCCUGUCUCCAACCGGUCUGUGCUGCAGAUGGGGAAACUGACGCCCACAUAGGAGCAGCAAGCUGCCUGAGGUCUCAGUCAGAGCCUGGCUGCCUGGGGUCCACUAGGACGCGUUCCUGGGUGUUGCUGGAGAGCCAGCCAGCAUGUGCUGCCCACCCCUGUGACCAGGUUGCCUUCACCUACCCUCUGCCUUCCAGUCCCGGCCCCCAGGGCAGCUCUCAGGGCCCUCCCACCAGGCCCACACCCAGGCAAGCGGCCCUGCCCACACAGCAGCUCUGGACAUAGGCAAUCUGGUGUCCCGCUCCCCCUGGGUCCCCCUCCCCCAGGGUCCUUCCUGCUUUGUCCCACUGCCCCUCACCUGCAUGUCCCCACAUGUGUCAGGGUGGUCUGCUGCUCCCCGCCCACGGCCCCUGGGCAGCAGAGGUGGAAAACAGAUGGACCUUCCCCAGAGAGAGUGCUACAGCCCACACCGUUCCUGCCUGUGUCCCUCAACGGUGCUGGGCCUGGUUCACACCUGGGGGAGAAUCUCCCCUCAGCAGCCUCACACCCCAAAGAUCGGGGACAUGAGAGCCCCCACCACCUAGGGUGUGUAGGAUGGACAGCAUGGCAGGUGGCCUUGUGUCUGACAUAUGGUUAGUGCUCUGUGAAUUCUCACCUAACGUCCCCUGUGGGGCUCACCCAGAGACCUGGGGCACCGAUGUGUCUCCCUCUCCAAAGUACAAGCAUUGAAAUAAACGUUACUGCCCAAAGCAGGAAGGUGA